AUGCCCCUCCAGAUAUUCUGCACCAUCUCCUUCUCCCGCGAGGACGGGCAGGGAGCCACGGCGGCCGCCGGCAGCGGCGAGGACGGAGCGGACGAGUUCCUCUACGGUCAGGAGGAGGACGAAGAGGAGGAGGAGGAGGAGGAGGAGGCGACAGCCACGGCCACCGACUUGGUGGCCUUCGCCGGCAGCUGCACCUUGCACGGGCUGAGCCACAUCUUCGUGGAGGGCGGCCUGGGCGCCCGGCAGGCGCUGUGGGCGCUGGCCUUCCUCCUCUCCCUCUCCGUCUUCCUCUACCAGGUGGCCGACCGCAUCGCCUACUACCUGGAGUACCACCACGUCACGCUGCUGCGGGAGGAGGACAGCCCCGCCAUGACCUUCCCCGCCGUCACCUUCUGCAACGUCAACCGCGCGCGCCUCUCGCAGCUCAGCCCCGAUGACCUGCUCUACCUGGCGCCCCUGGUCGCCUACGAGCCGGGCUUGGAGCCGGGCUUCGCCCCGGCGCGGCCCGGCCCCGGCCCCGAGGACGAGCCCCUCAAUCUGUACGGUUUCUUUAACCGCACUUGCCACCGCCUGGAGGACAUGCUGCUCAGCUGCAGCUACCGGGGCGAGCGCUGCGGCCCCGGCGACUUCGCGGCGGUCUUCACGCGCUACGGCAAGUGCUACACCUUCAACUCGGGCCAGGACGGCAAGCCGCGGCUCAUCACCAUGAAGGGCGGCACCGGCAACGGGCUGGAGAUCAUGCUCGACAUCCAGCAGGACGAGUACCUGCCCGUGUGGGGCGAGACGGACGAGACCUCGUUCGAGGCCGGGAUCAAGGUGCAGAUCCACAGCCAGGACGAGCCGCCGCUGAUCGACCAGCUGGGCUUCGGCGUGGCGCCCGGCUUCCAGACCUUCGUGUCCUGCCAGGAGCAGCGGCUCAUCUACCUGCCGCCCCCCUGGGGCGACUGCAAGGCGGCGGCGGGCGACUCCGAGUUUUACGACACCUACAGCAUCACGGCCUGCCGCAUCGACUGCGAGACCCGCUACCUGGUGGAGAACUGCAACUGCCGCAUGGUGCACAUGCCAGGCGAUGCCCCGUACUGCACCCCGGAGCAGUACAAGGAGUGCGCGGACCCGGCCCUAGAUUUCCUGGUGGAGAAGGACAACGAGUACUGCAUCUGCGAGAUGCCCUGCAACGUCACCCGCUACGGCAAAGAGCUCUCCAUGGUGAAAAUCCCGAGCAAGGCCUCCGCCAAGUACCUGGCCAAGAAGUACAACAAGUCGGAGCAGUACAUCGGGGAGAACAUCCUGGUGCUGGAUAUCUUCUUCGAGGCCCUGAACUACGAGACGAUCGAGCAGAAGAAGGCCUACGAGGUGGCCGGCCUGCUGGGUGACAUCGGAGGGCAGAUGGGGCUGUUCAUCGGCGCCAGCAUCCUCACGAUACUGGAGCUGUUCGACUACGCCUACGAGGUCAUCAAGCACCGGCUCUGCCGCCGGGGAAAGUGCCGCAAGAACCACAAGAGGAGCAACACGGACAAGGGCGUCGCGCUGAGCAUGGACGACGUGAAACGCCACAAUCCCUGCGAGAGCAUCCGGGGCCACCCGGCGGGGAUGACGUACGCGGCCAACAUCCUACCUCACCACCCGGCCCGGGGCACCUUCGAGGACUUCACCUGCUAA